AGACAGAAACACGCGAAUGAAUCUAUGAAUUUGCUAGAUAUUUAAAUCUACUUAACGAUAUAAGCAGAACAAAGGAAUGGUAAGAAUUACAGAGCAACUUGUCAGAAAGCGAUCAGAGCACAAUGAAGGAGAAAUAUCAACGCUAGAAGAAAUAUCUCUGCACCAAGAGAACAUCGAUAAAAUCGAGGGUCUUGACAAGUGGUGCCGUCAUCUUAAGAUAUUACUUUUACAGUCAAACCUUAUCCCCAAAAUUGAAAAUGUAUCAAGAUUGAAGAAACUUGAAUAUUUGAAUUUGGCACUGAAUAACAUUGAGAGAAUAGAAAAUUUGGAAGGAUGUGAGUCACUCCAAAAGUUAGAUCUUACUGUCAAUUUUGUUGGGGAACUCACAAGUGUGAAAACUUUGAAAAAUAAUAUUCAUCUAGAUUUACUGUACCUGACUGGAAACCCAUGCACUGAUUUCAUAGGCUACAGAAAAUAUGUUAUUGCAACUCUGCCACAGCUGAAAAGUCUUGAUGGACGAAACAUCGAGAGGUCUGAGAGAAUUUUGGCAAUGCAGGAAUAUAAUGAAGUCAAAAAGUUGAUUUUGUCCCAAGAGCAAGAAUAUAAAGGGAGGAGGUUAGCCCAGAAACAGCAAGCCGAGCGAAGGGCAGAAGAAGAGGAGACAAAUUAUGCAGCAGCACAAGAUAAGCCUGAAGAGGAGAAACUGCAAGAGUUUUGGUCUCAAGUGAGUGAACACAGUCCAGAAACAAGACUGCAUAUAGCAGCACAGGUUCUUAAACAGCAGGAGGAAAAACAGAAGGGGCUCAGUGCUGACUCGACUAGACCACCAAAACGGGAAUACAAGCUGUUCAAUGCUGUCGGGAAACCUCUCAAUGUUAAUGAGGCCAAGAUACCAUUUCUCCUCACCGAGGACGACAAGCUGAACAGCCUUGUUCUAGACAUUGCUGUGUAUAAGUACCUUGACACAUCUCUGCUAGAUGUGGACAUCCAACCAACGUAUGUGAAAGUACUUAUCAAGGGCAAAAUAUUCCAAAUUGUGUUCCCUGAGGAAAUUAACACUGAGUCAUCAAGGGCUGAGAGAUCACAAACAACAGGUCACCUAGUGCUAACUAUGCCCAAGGUGAAUGGUGAAGUAAAACCCAAAACAGUGAAACAUACUCCAACCACAAGGAAAGAUGAUCAGACCAGAAAUUAUUCAAACACAAUUCGGAGAGAGAUGCUGGAAAUUGGGAGAUCUGAGGACAUGGACUUCAGCAGGAUUGUGAAACUAAGGCAAUACAAUCAGCAGUGUAACAGUGCGAGAGAUGGGAAGGGGCGGUGUGAAGCAGUAACUGAUUUUGUGGAUGACCCAGAAGUGCCGCCUCUUGAAUAAUACAGCUGGGCACAUUCUGAACUGUAAAGAGUCAGUACUGUAUCCUGAACUUGCUGAACCUAAAGGUACAGCUCAUAGGGACACGAGAGCUACGUUCCUCUGCUGAGAGUUCAGGAAUCUGGAUCUGGCACUUGAAACCACAUAUUUAGCUCCUCCUCCUUUAAUGCAAUAAUCAGAAUGAUACUGAUUCUCUCUUAGGUCUUUGCCCCUUGUGGAUUUAGGCAGCGUAGCUGAUGUUUGGGGCAUACGUGCUGCCUCCAGCUUCAUGGCGGAAGUGAGUAGGAUCAGUAAGUGUUCAUGUGUACAUAGGUCUUUGUCCAAGAAACCCCUGGAGGAGAGGUGGGGGCUAGUGACUGGUCCAGGCCGAUGAGUACGAGUAUUAGGGGUGAGCCAUAAAAACUGGCCCUAGCACUGCGACCUUCAAUGAUCUAUUGAGCUUCCCCUUUGGAUUAACCCU